AUGCGCGCACAGAACUCAAAUUUGGUCGCUUUCGCAGUGGCAUCGCGAACUUGUAGUUCGUCGAUUAUGUCAUUUCUGUUCUUCCGUAUGAUAGAUUCCCCUGACAUUCUUCUGAACGACCGUUUUUGUCAUUUUUACUUCAUUGUCAUUUUCUCCCUCUCAUUGAUUUUCUCUCUCUCUCCCUCUCUAUCUUCGUUGAUUUCAGUUUAUCCUCCUCCUCCUCCUCCUCCUCCUCCUCCUCCUCUUCUUCUUCUUCUUCUUCUUCUUCUUCGUGAUCUUUUCUUUCUUCAUUUUCUUUUUCCCUCCCUUAUCUCUCUAUCUUUCCUCUCUUUUCUCGGUUUAUUUCAUUCAUCUUCCAUAUACACUUGUAUUUUUUCUUUCCUUUCUCAUUCUCUCUUUCUCUUUGAUAAACGCUCAUCUUCGUCAUCAAUUUUCUUUUCUUUCUUCUUUCAUUGUUCCUUUCUUUUUUACUUUUCUUUCUCGGCGGCGCCCUACUUCCGCUCAAUUUACUGUCGUACAUUCGUUUCUCUUCUUUCUUUGACGGCGACGUCAUCUUCGACGAGACCGACGACAAUCGUAUCUUCUUCUUCUUCUUCUUCUUCUUCUUCUACUUCUUCUUCUUCUUCUUUUACUACCACUACUGCUAGACUUGUGAUCGUUACUUUCUUUCCUUCCUUAUCUUUGAAGAGUUUCUUACACAUUUUGUAA